AGGGGAGACGUAUUGGGGUCACAGCAGCUGAGAUACCGGGAAGUAGAAGGAGGCUGGAGUCUGGGAAGGCUGUGGUUUGACCCUGGCAGCGACCCUGCUUGGUUUGAGGCACCUGAGCUUCUCAGCAAUUAUGUGAGGGGCUGCAGGAGGGAUGGGAUCUAGGGAACCCGCUACGGCAGCGGCGUCGGCAGCGGCUGCUCCAGGUGGAUGCCUCAGCUGCUGUCUCACCCUGGAACUUCCCUUAGAACCUGGGGCCUCCUCACCUUGGAACAUCCGUCCUUCCCCUGAGACCUUCUCCACUUUGAAUAACUCUCUGCCAUGCUGGACAUCUUCUCCCAUCGGUUCAGUUAUAGUAGUCCAUUUAUAGUGCCUGUGGAAGUAUAAUUAUGGAUGGAUUUACUGAAUGAAUUGUCCAAACAAAUCAAAUAAGGUCAAGUCAACAAACAUUUAUUAAACACCUGCUGUGUGCUACAUACUAUGGAAAUCUUAUAUAGUUAUCAUAUGGGAGACAAUUUUUUUGGAGAAGAGACUUUAAGACUGAAUUUUGCUUUACCUAAUCAUGGCCUUUUUAUUGACAACACUAAAAAAAUCAGAGAAGUUUAUAUUUGCAUCAAAUUUUAGUCAUUGAUGUGAAUAGAAUUAUUUUUUUAAAUACAGUAAAGAUGUAGUUUAUUGGAGAACUUUUUUUUUUUGCUUAAGCCUAUCUUUUCCCUUAUCAUACUUUAAUAAAAGACUCCUCAAUAGAGUAUUACUAUCAUUUUAUAGAGGGGAGGGAAAGAAGAAACAUUUAUUAAGUGCCUAUUAUGAGCCAUGAUCUAUGCUAACUUCUUUGCAAAUAUUAUCUCAUUUGAUCCUUAUGAGAACCCUUUGAGGUAAGUGAUAUUAUUAUUCCCAUUUUGUAGUUGAGGAAACUGAGUUAAACAAAAGUUAUACAACUACUAGUAAGUGUUUGAAGCCGUAUUUGCACUUAAGUCUUCCUAACCCAGGCCCAGCACUCAUUAUCCAUUGUGCUAACUAGCUGCCGGCACAGAAACUAUCAGAUGACUGUAAAAUUGCUAAGGCUUCAUGGUUAUUUUAUUGAGACUUGAGAUAAAUAGAUCCAUAUUCAGACUGUCCUUUAACAUCUUACUUCAGCUUUUAUGACUCAUCACUCUGAAGUGAAAUUGAUUGUUUGCUUGUUCAUAAUAUAAAUCUUUAACAUAAAUAUUUAUUUGACUUUUCGUUUUGCCUUUGCGCUGUGAAUUAUUUCUUUUAAAUUGUCCCUUCACGAUUUGUUAGCUUUGUAAUCAUAGGAAAGUCAUAACUUCUCUGCACCUCCUUUUGGUUUUUUUGACUAUCUAGAAUUAGUGCCUCUAUUUCCUAUCCAUCUAUGCUAUCUUCCUCAUAGAGUUGUAAAGAUUAGAUGAGAUAAUAUAUGGGAAAGCAUUAAGCAUAUGUAAAAUAUUAUUAUUAUCUCAAAUUUAAUCUUCUGCUCAUGAUAUUUCUUUCUUAUUUCUCCUCUAGGAGCCCUUUGAAUGAGAUUUGAUAUUUAAAUUUACUAUAUUUCAACUUAAAUAUAAAGAACUCUAAAAUGUGCUAACAGAGUAACAACAAUACCUGGAAGUUUGUAAUUCUGAGAAACAAUGACAUUGACUUGUGUGGAGUAAAGGCAGUAUGGUGUCCUCCAUGACUUAUGGAGACACAAGUAGACAAUGUGGACGAAUUUCUGCAAACCAUGGUUUUUCUGCUGUCUUCUAGCAGCACUGACCAUUGUGCUACUGGUCCUCAAUGUAAAUCAGUUAGAGCAUUUGGAUCAUGAAAGUGUUUUAGCUACUGUCAUUGAUAGCAGUGGACAGGAUACUUCCCUUCAAGCCUCCGGAAUUAGCAGAAAGUCCUACUGUGGAUAUGAACAUCAAACCUUGUCCAAGAGGGAACGUUUGGAAGAGAACUCUUUAUUGGCGUCUUUUCAGAGUCAUGAGCCACAUAUGGAUUUAGUCCCAUUUGUGAAGAGCACUGACCCUUCCUCUAGCUAUUUUGUGAUAUUGAAUUCUGGAACAUUCUUCAAGGUGGGGAGUCAACUUGAGGUUCUGGUUCAAGUACAAGAUUUCCAAGGGAGGCCCAAAAAGUAUGGUGGAGAUUACUUACAGGCCCGAAUCCACUCCCCCAAACUGCAAGCUGGUGCGGUGGGUAGAGUUGUAGACUACCAAAAUGGAUUCUACAAAGUUUUUUUUACCUUGCUUUGGCCAGGCAAGGUGACUGUGUCUGUAGUUCUGGUUCACCCAAGUGAAGCAAUCCAAGUCCUUCAGCAUCUCCAGGAGGUGAGACCAGAUAGGGUCUAUUUUAAAAGUCUCUUCCGAUCAGGGAGAAUUUCAGAGACUACCAUAUGCAAUGUAUGUCUCCCAGGAAACCUUCCUGUAUGUAACUUCACAGAUCUCUAUACUGGGGAGCCCUGGUUUUGCUUCCAACCAAAAAAGCUCCCUUGUAGCAGCAGAAUCAACCAUUACAAAGGAGGGUACCUCAAGGGUCUUCUAACUGCCACAGAAAGUGCUUUCUUCCAAAGUGAUGUCAAUAUCAAAAUACCAAUUCGUUCCAGUGGACCUGAUUGGGUGACUGUGAUUCCCCUAGGAGUAAAAGAAGCAAAUGACCCUGAACCCUCUCAAAGCAUGGAAAACUUCCCUUCUGGUUAUUAUUACAAAAACCAGUGGAGGCCUAGAAAAUUCAAGAUGCACCAGUUUAAUGAGCCUGACAACAUUACAGAAUGCUUACAAGGAAAAAUGAUCUAUUUAUUUGGUGACUCUACCAUAAGACAGUGGUUUGACUAUCUGAUCACAUUUGUUCCAGAUUUGGUGGAGUUUAACCUGGGCAGUCCUAAAAAUGUGGGCCCCUACCUCGCAGUGGAUUUGAAACACAACAUUUUGCUACAGUACCGUUGUCAUGGACCUCCCAUCCGAUUCACUACUGUCUUAAGCAACGAGCUACAUUAUGUGGCCAAUGAACUGAACAGGAUUGUGGGAGGAAGAAGCACUGUGGUGGCCAUAGCCAUAUGGUCUCACUUCAGCACCUUCCCCUUAGAAGUUUAUAUUAGACGACUAAGGAACAUUCGCCGUGCAGUUGUACGCCUCCUAGACAGGAGUCCAAAGACUGUGGUAGUUAUCCGAACAGCCAAUGUCCAGGAACUGGGGCCAGAGGUUAGCCUUUUCAACAGUGACUGGUUCUCCUUUCAGCUUGACACCAUUCUAAGGAAGAUGUUCUCUGGGGUAGGCGUGUAUUUAGUGGAUGCCUGGGAGAUGACACUUGCCCACUACCUGCCACACAAGCUGCAUCCAGAUGUAGUAAUUGUCAAGAACCAGAUUGACAUGUUUUUGUCUUUUGUGUGUCCAGCAAAGACUUAGCUUUGCCCUUUUGGGAGUCCUUCUAAGGGGGGGUUGUUAACAUUAAAUUAUGUGAAAAAUA